ACAAGACGCACAUCCAGACAGAAUGAAGCCUUCGUAUAUUAUUUAACCUUUGAAACUAUGCCAGAAAUGAUACGAAAGUUGAUACCAGAAGAAGUUAGUCCAGCUUUCAUAUCCACGUCAUAUAGUCAUAACAAAGACAAAUAUAAUAUAGCCUUAAAACUUUCUGAGAGAGAACAAAAAAUCGUUUCGAAUUUAAGUUCAGACGGAUUUCUGAAAUGUGAAACGAAUCUUCUGUAUAAGCUAUGUCAGUACUUUGAUUUUGUGACUGCUCCCGUAGACGGUUGGGGAAGUUUCAAUAAUGAACUUCAAAACAUAGGUGACGCAGUAGAAGCAAUUGUCAAAUUAAGAAAUGAAAUUAUCCACAAUUCAAAUCAUGAUUACAAGAAAACACUCGAUAGAAUGGUUGAAAUCGCUAAAGUGGUUGAUAAAGAGUUAUCUACGGAUGAAAGGUUUGAAGAUGCUGUGAAAUCUUUUUGUGUUCAUGAAUUUGAUGAAAAUUAUGUUGAUGAGUUUAAAUCUGCCUUCCUAAACAUGACAGAAGAAGCAACAAAUGGUUCACAAGGUUCUUUUGAAGACGAUGUAUUGAAAGAAGAUGAGCCAAUGUGUUUUGACGAAGACUACAAUCCCGAUGUACUGCAAAAACCAAUCGUGCUUUCAUCCGAUCUUUUUGAGAACACAGGAGAAUGUAUUCGAACUGAAAUGAAAAAUAUUAAUGAGUUCACUGACAAAUUAUUCAAGCAAAGCCCUUUAAAAGAUAAACUCGCUGGUUCAAAAAAGUCUUUAAGAAGAAGAAAAAGGAAGUCAACGUCAACCAAACAUGAUCUCCAAAGUUUGUCAUCUGAAUUAGAAGCUGACGUUGGUUAUGCAACGUCUUCACCAAUGAAGUGCUAGACUUGACGGGUUAACUUGUGUUUUGUGUUAUCUGUUGUAACUUUAAAGAUACUUGUCAAUCAUUUGGUCUACUAUCGGCACUAAUGUACCUAUUCAGAUUUAUCAUUUUCUUCUUUAUAAUUAAUUCCUUUAUAAUGCUGUAUUGUUCGAUGUUAUAUAAUUAUAUAAUGAAUAACUCGAAGGUGCGACAGGGACAGUUGGUGCGAUGGUCUACGCCGAAGUGGAAUGGUCCGUACGAUGAAAAUCGUGGGUCUAUAAAA